AUGUAUUUGUUUGGGUCUCCUGAUGGAUCGGGUCGGUUAGAUGGGGUAAAGUUGAUUAAUCUUUCAACGUACUUUUUUUUUUUUUUUUUUUUUUGGGCCCUUUUCCCUAUUCUAAAAUAUCUGCCUAUUGAUUUCUUCACGCUAAAGAAAGCUUUUAUUAUUGAUUUCCCUUUGCCUGCCGUAGUCCGGACCUCUAGCUCGGGUUGGCACCAUUACAGCAAGUUGAAUGAUCUUUUGGGUGAUGGGAUCUUCAAAGUUGAUGGAGAGAAGUGGAAAAACCAACGGAAGAUAUCAAGUUAUGAAUUCUCCACUAAAAAUUUAAGGGACUUCAGUAGUGCAGUUUUCAGAAUCGGUGCAGUAAAACUAGCUCAGAAAGUAUCUGAAGCCGUGACCUCAAACCAAGCAACAGAAAUUCAAGACUUAUUUACGAAAUCAACACUGGAGACAGUUUUCAAGAUUUUAUUAGGUGUGGAUCUAGAUACUACAACUGAAGAAGGCAUUCUAUUUUCCAGUUCUUUUGAUGAAGCUAGUGCAGUAACUCUUUAUCGCUAUGUUGAUGUGUUUUGGAAAGUGAAAAGAUUUCUAAACAUUGGGUUAGAAGCAAAUAUGAAGAAGUGUAUCAAAGUGGUUGAUGAAUUUGUAUAUAAAAUUAUCAGAAACAAGACAGAACAGAUGAGCAAGUCGCGAGAUGAAAGCAGGGUUAUGAAGAAAUCAGACAUUCUGUCUAGGUUCCUGGAAAUGAAGAAAACGGAUCCAAAGUACCUUAAGGACAUAAUCCUCAGCUUUAUAAUUGCUGGCAAAGACACUACAGCUAGCACGCUUUCCUGGUUCUUCUAUAUGAUGUGCAAGCACCCUCUCCUACAAGAAAGAAUUGCAGAGGAAGUAAGGAAAGCAACCGGAACAAACGAGUAUUCAAGUAUCGAUGAGCUACCCAACAGCAUUACUGAUGCCGCACUGGAUAAAAUGCAGUAUCUCCAUGCAUCAUUAACUGAGACGCUAAGAUUAUACCUGGCAAUUCCUGUGGAUGGCAAACUCUGUUUAUCAGAUGACACUUUUCCUGAUGGAUUUAGAGUAAGGAAAGGGGAUUCUGUCGCAUAUCAACCAUGGGCUAUGGGCAGGAUGAAAUCUUUAUGGGGUGAUGAUGCAGAGGAUUUCCGGCCAGAGAGAUGGUUUGAUGAAAAUGAUUGCUUUCAGCAAGAAAGUCCCUUCAAGUUCACAGCCUUUCAGGCUGGGCCAAGAAUUUGUCUAGCGAAGGAAUUUGCUUACAGGCAGAUGAUGAUAUUUUCAACAGUACUGUUGGGCACCUUUAGAUUUAAGAUGGGUGAUGAGCAUUGGAGAGUUAAAUACAGAACAAUGCUCACUCUUCACAUUGACGGGGGCUUCAUCUUCUUGCUUCCUAUAGAUCAGGCCACCAGAUUCCGCCGGCCGAGAACAAUUGAGAUGGAUGUCGUUGUAUUCUGUCUAUAUGUAUAAACUUCCGUGAAAAAUUCAACUUUUUCAUUAGUUUUCAAUUUAUUGGAAAUAUGUGCAUAGUUUGAUCA